AUGUUGCGGUUACAAGCGUGCCUGAAAGGGAAGGCGCGUGAAGCAGUUGGAAGUUGCCUGUUGUAUCCUGAUAGCAUUCCCGAAGCCAUCGAGAUCCUGAAAGAGUGUUAUGGCCGUCCGGAAAUAGUGGUGAACACUCUGAUGGCCAACAUAAGACGCAUGCCGCCCCCGAAGGAUGACAGUUUCGACGCGUUGGUGAACUAUGGCGUAGCAGUGCGGAACUUCUGUGCAUCGAUAGCGGGUUCCGGUCUGCAUAGCUACUUCGACGGAGGUCCGUUGCUGGAAGAACUCGUAGACAAGCUGCCGACUUACGUGAGGCUGAACUGGUAUUACUACCAAAACGACUGCACGCAUGUCACGCUGGCGACAUUCAACGAUUGGGUGAAGGAACUAGUCCGCGCAGCUAGCCGGGGAGUGAAACAUACUAGCGGUCGUAGAGAGGUGAAACAUGACGGUAACAAUCGUCAGCACGACCUAUCGAAGUCACCGGUGGUUGAGGUUGACAUCAAGCGGUGUGUUGCGUGUCAGGAGAAGUGUGUAAAUUUAUCCGACUGCGGUAAAUUCCAGGCUAUGAGUGUUAACGCUCGUUGGACCCUAAUUAAGCGUGAGGGCCUUUGCAGAACGUGUCUUUGCAAGCACUCAAGUGCUUGUCCCGUUGAUGCUUUGUGCGGUGUAAAUGGAUGCGAGCGUCGACAUCAUCGUUUGCUGCAUUCUCCCGGUAGUAAUAAGGUUCAACCCAUUACCAGCCAAGAAGGAGGUCCUGUCACUGCUAAUUGCAACGUACACUCUGUUCCGCCCGGAGGUGUAAUGCUGAAAUACGUUCCGGUUACGCUGUACGGCAACGGUACGCAGGUGGAUACGAUGGCGCUUCUGGAUGAUGGAUCCUCGGCCACCUUCAUGGAGCACGAUCUAUUGAAAGAGCUGGGUAUUAGUGGCAAGCCUCGCCCCUUGUGCAUUUCGUGGACCGGUAACCAGAGCAGGGUUGAGGACAAGUCUGUCGAGCUAUCCGUAAGGAUAUCAGGUGUAGGCAUACCAGGUAUCUACAAUAUGCGUGCUGUACACACUGUGCGUACUCUCGGGUUGAGUAAGCAGUCAUUAGCACCGUCCCAGCUGGCCGUCGAAUACGAUCAUCUUAGAGGGUUACCCUUGCCAUCGUAUCACAAUAUUUCCGCUAGGAUUCUGAUUGGGGUUGAUAACUGUUUCUUGAGCCAAAUACUGAAGACCGUUGAAGGAAGACCGGACGAGCCGGCCGCUUCGAAAACUCGACUUGGUUGGGUGGUGUAUGGUCCAUAUCAGCAGACAUCGAAGGAUGCGAUAACGAAGCGCGUUAAAUCCAUGAACGUGCAUAUUUGCCCCUGCAGUGAAAAUAGAGAUAGUGAGAUGGAUCUGGCAUUAAGGAAAUACUUCUCUUUUGAGUCACUGGGAGUAUACCAUCCCGUUAAACAGCUUCGUUCAGGUGAUGAAGAGCGUGCACUCAACAUUCUUGCCUCCAAAGUUCGGUUGAUAGAUGGUCGGUAUGAAGCUGGCCUCUUAUGGAAGUACGAAACGAUUAAGCUACCAGAUAGCCGUGCUAUGGCAUUGAGACGUCAUGACUGCCUGGAGAGGAAGCUGCGCCGUGACCCACACCUGGCUAAGGCAAUGCACACCAAGAUUAUAGAAUACGAAGAGCGAGGGUACAUAAGAAAGCUUACCCCUACAGAGCGAAGUACCAAAGACCCAAACGAUUGGUACUUGCCUAUCUUUCCCGUCAUCAACCCAAAUAAGCCGGGAAAGGUUCGAGUUGUGUUUGAUGCUGCUGCGAAGGUGAAUGGACUGAGCUUGAAUUCGGUUUUACUUACUGGACCGGACCAACUCGUUGGACUUCUGACUGUCCUCUACAAGUUCCGCGAGUAUAAGAUUGCCGUAACCGGUGACAUUCGUGAAAUGUUUUUUCAGGUCCGAAUGAACGAACGCGACCAACGUAGCCAGAUGUUUUUCUGGAACGAUGGUAAGAUCGGUAGCCUACCAGAACAGUACGUACUAAGUGUGAUGACAUUCGGAGCUGCAUGUUCGCCAAGCACAGCACAUUAUGUGAAAAACAUAAAUGCCGACCGUUUUGUUAAAGAAUACCCUCGAGCCGUCGAGUGUAUCAAAUACGAGCAUUAUGUGGAUGACAUGCUCGCCAGCGUAGAGACAGAGGAGGAAGCCAUAAAACUAGCACGUGAUGUCCGUUUCGUCCAUUCACAGGGCGGGUUUGAGAUCCGCAACUGGUUGUCUAAUUCCACAAGGGUGAAGAGUGUGAUGAACGGAAACGAUUCCGCCGAUAUUGACAUGCCCAUCGAAAUAGAAAUGUCAACGGAAAAGGUGCUUGGUAUGUGGUGGAACACGGAGACGGAUGUGUUCACCUUUAAAAUCUCUCCGCGAUACCAUCCACAACAAUUACUCAACGGAAAGGCACCAACAAAGAGAGAAAUAUUGCGGAUCCUAAUGUCCAUAUACGAUCCCAUGGGAUUAAUCGGCCACCUUCUAAUGUACCUGAAGAUCCUGCUGCAGGAAGUUUGGCGCACUAAGAUCACCUGGGAUGGAGAAAUCACAGGAAAUUUUAAAGAGGCCAGGCAAUCGGGAGCACUAACACAAGUGGAGUUGGAAUGCGCAGAGUAUGCAAUCUACCGACAAAUCCAAAAGGAUGAAUAUGCAGAUGAUAUUCGAUCGUUGAGCGAUAGUGAGCUGCAAAAACAUCCGUGGCGGCAACCACUUAAAAAAUCGAGCCCGUUGUACAAGCUGAGCCCUGUAAUCGACAAACAAGGAGUCCUCCGUAUGAUGGGAAGGAUCGACAAGUGCGUGUGGGUAGGCGAUGACGCAAAAAGACCCAUUAUCAUCCCCAAUCACCACUACGUGACCGAUCUGUUGAUCAGCUGGUACCACGAAAGCCGAGUAAGACGCAGCUGCCAGUACUGCAAGGUGCGUCAUGCGGUCCCACAGAAUCCUGCGAUGGGAAACCUCCCGUAUCAACGACUGGCUGCCUAUCAGCGACCCUUCUCAUACACCGGAAUCGACUAUUUCGGACCAAUGAUAGUCGCAGUGGGCAGGAGAACCGAAAAACGGUGGGGAGUGAUGUUCACCUGCCUUACCACCAGAGGCAUUCACAUUGAGGUUGCGAGCAGUCUAUCUACUGACUCGUGUAUAUUUGCGAUCCGCAAUUUUAUAGCCAGGAAAGGAACGCCUCUGGAGUUCGUGAGCGAUCGGGGCACUAACUUUGUGGGCGCAUCACGUGAGCUUAAGGAAGCGUCUGCGCUAGUAGAUACUGAUCGGCUAAUGGCGGAAUUUGUGCAACCAGGAACGAAAUGGGUGUUUAACCCUCCGGCAUCACCCCAUUUUGGUGGGUCAUGGGAAAGACUUAUACAAUCGGUAAAGAAGACGCUUUCCUCCUUCGAUCUUCCCCAUCAUCCCGUCGACGAGUUACUACGCGCUAGGUUGAGUGAAGUGGAAUUGAUAGUGAAUUCGCGACCAUUGACAGACGUUCCGGUUGAAGACGAAACUGAUCCACCACUAACGCCAAACCACUUCAUUCUAGGUAGCUCAAAUGGGAGCAAGCCACCGCUACCAUUCGACGAUUCCAUUCCGUCCAUACGUAGGUCCUGGAAGGCAGCACAACAAUUCGCAGAUAUAUUCUGGAAAAGAUGGGUGAACGAAUACCUACCGACGCUGACUAGACGGACCAAGUGGUACCAACCGACGAAGCCGCUGGAAGAGGGUGAUCUGGUGUUGAUUGCUGAUGGAAACAACCCAAGAAACUGCUGGCCUAGGGGACGGAUCGUGAAGGUGUGUCGUACGACAGACAAUCAGGUGCGGCGCGUGACGGUGCAAACGAAAAGCGGAUUGUUAGAGCGACCAGCUGUUAACAUUGCGUUAUUAGAUGUCGGCACAACGGAGGCAGGCCACUAA